UGAGAAACGCCAGGAAGACUUUGCCUGCUCUGCUGACAGCUGUGGCUGCCUCCCUGAGAGGAAAAAGGGGUUCACAGCACAGCAGAUGCCCACGCCUCUUUCGAGGAUAGUGACUAUGGUAUUCACUCAGCUGCUCAUCCCAAGAAGGGACAAAAGGGCCACUAGAGGCUUCCGCACUGCCCUGAGGAGUGCGGUGGGCCUGGGCCCAAAGGGUGCUCAGCCACAGCAGCCUCCUGCUGCCCAACUUCCCCAGAGGGGCCGGGGCAGCCCCCAGCUCAGCCGCCAGAUCCUCAGGGGCUCCUAUCUCCAUCCAGCAUCCAGCAGACACCUGAAAACCAAGAUCCAAACCGCCAAGAGGAGAAAGCUCUGCCCUGGCUUCAAUAGAUCCUCUAAAGGAAGAAGUCUCAUUGGUAAGAUUGAUGGCUCAUCUCAGAUCUCUGGGAAAGUGGACCCAGUCUUUUCCGUGGAUGAGCUCUCUGCCACCAUCCUCACUGGAAAACUGACUACUGUCUUUCUCCCACUUGUCUACACGAUUGUAUUUAUGGUUGGUUUGCCGAGUAAUGUCAUGGCCCUGUGGGUCUUUCUUUUUCGAACAAAGAAGAAGCACCCUGCUGUUGUUUACAUGGGCAACCUGGCCUUGGCUGACCUACUUUCUAUCAUCUGGUUGCCUUGGAAGAUUGCCUAUCAUAUACAUGGCAACAACUGGAUUUAUGGGGAAGCUCUUUGUAAGGUACUCAUUGGCUUUUUCUAUGGCAACAUGUACUGUUCCAUUCUCUUCAUGACCUGCCUCAGCGUGCAGAGGUACUGGGUUAUCGUGAACCCCAUGGUGCACGCCAAGAAGAAUGCAAACAUUGCCGUUGGAGUCUCCCUGGGAAUAUGGCUGCUGAUUCUGGUGGUUACCAUCCCCUUGUAUGUCAUGAAGCAGACCAGUCACAUCCCAGCCCUUAACAUCACGACCUGUCAUGAUGUUUUGCCUGAGAAGGUGUUGGUGGGGGACAUGUUCAAUUAUUUCCUCUCUCUGGCGAUUGGAGUCUUUCUGUUCCCAGCCUUCCUCACGGCUUCUGCCUAUGUGCUGAUGAUCAGAACACUUCGAUCUUCUGCCAUGGAUGAAAACUCGGGAAAGAAGAGGAGGAGAGCCAUCAAACUUAUUGUCACUGUUCUGGCCAUGUACCUGAUGUGCUUCACUCCUAGUAACCUCCUGCUCGUGGUGCAUUAUUUCCUGAUUAAACACCAGGGCCAGAGCUAUGUGUACGCCCUGUACCUCACAGCCCUCUGCCUCUCCACCCUCAAUAGCUGCAUUGACCCCUUUGUCUAUUACUUUGUGUCACAGGACUUCAGGGAUCAUGCAAAGAACGCUAUCCUUUGUCGAAGUGUCCGCACGGUAAAGCGGAUGCAAAUAUCUCUCUUAUCUAAGAAAUCCUCCCGGAAAUCCAGUUCUUACUCUUCAAGUUCGACCACAGUUAAAACCUCCUACUGAGUUUUCCAGCUCCUCCAGUGAAAGUUUUACGGGAGAGUUGGGAGCCUGCUUAAUAUGACAAAGAUGUGUUUGUUGUUUCCUAACCAGCGGGUCUCAGCAUAUAACCAUGUAUAUGCAACCCCUUCUCAGGAUUGCUGGAAGCUUCCUUGUUUGCUUGAGGAAAACCCCCAAAUUAACAUGGAUGUCAGCUUCAGAACUCUUCUACUCAGAUGCUCCUGGAAAUGGAACUUAUAGAAACGGACUUUUUAGAAGGUGAUGAAAACACAGAAACCAAGUGACUUGCAUAAAAACCUUGUCUUGGCAUGAAGACUAAGUCCUUAGCUGAAAUCUAUUUCUUGUACGUCUGGGGUCAAGCACAGUCUUGUUAGGGCUUAAGGGCCUUCAGAGAUGAUCAGUCCACUUAACUGACUUGACAGGUAAGGAAAAUAAAGAGGUGAAGGGGCUGUCCAGAGUCGGACUUCCAACCAAUGGCAGCGAAUUAGGAUUGGACAGCAGAAUUGGUCACAGGGCUUCUUUUACCACCUAUCAAAAUCCCUGAGGAGCUUGUUUAAAAUGAAUAUUCUUCAGACUUAAGAAUGAAAGCUCAGAGUGUGGGAACAGGGCCCAGGAACUUGCAUUUUAACAAGCCUCUGCAUGAUGCUCAUGCAUACCAAGGUGUGUAAACCACUGAUCUGGGUGCUGCAUGCACUCGACAAGGUGUGGUGCCAUGGUAGUUUUUGAAACGAGACGCAAAUAGAAUGCUUUGUGUCUCUUUUUUUGUUCAGCUUGUAAUGAAAUCUGAUGACUUAUUGGGCCUUUCAAUUUCUUUAUUAAUCCUUUGAGCUUUUGCAUGUAUCAUUGUCAAUUCAAGGAAAAUACAGUGAGGAUUUAAAAAAUGGAAAUACAAAGUUUUGUGUAACUUUUUCCUGACUUCAGCGAACUCUUCAGGUAACCUGAGUUUCACAACUGAGAAUACAAGUGACCACUUCGUAUUGUAAGAAAUUAUUGUUAGACUAUUUAUUGUCAGUUUUGUUCUCUUGUUAUCAAAUACGAAAUUAUAAAGGCUUCAUUGGUUUUGAAUGACAUCUGUUUGGAAAAGAACAGUAAAAUAGAUGUGAUUUGCAAUAUAUUUAAGAGGUACUUGACUUCAAACUGACUUUAUAUAUACCUGUUGUAUUUGUGACUUUGAAAUAAUUAUCUUAUUGUAUGAUUUAUAAAUAACACCUGAAAUUUUUUCACAACUUAUUUCUGAAUUGCUUGUGUGUGUGUGUGUGUGUGUGUGUGUGUGUGUUGUAUUUGAGGGAAGGAAAGUAGUAAGAGAAGCAACAUUACUCUUCUAAGAAGAAAUGAUGUGAUAUGCACACAUUUUUACAUAACUCAGGCCAUACUGUACAUAUUGCUCUGUGAUAAUUGUUUUUCAUUUAACCACAUUUUAGAAUUCUUUCUAUGUCUGCAUCUAUAGGUUGACCUUCAGUUUUUAAAGGAUACAGACUAUUUACUAUUUUGCACAUAUUGUGAUGUAUUUAGUCAUUUCCCUACCUAUGGUUCCUGAAGUUGCCGCCCCCCCCCCCAAUUAAAACAGUGCUGCAUUGAACAUCUGUGAGCAGACAUCUUUGUGAAUAUUUCUGUAGGAUGAGUUCCUGGAAGUAGAAUGACCAGCUGAAAAAUUAGAUGUGUAUUUUAAAUUUUGGUAGCUCUUGCCAGAUGGCCCUCAGUGAUUUAUACUUCUACCAAAAAGUACAUUUGUACCUAUUUUCUGAAAUGCUCAUCCACACUUGAUCCAUCAAUCUUCAGAAAUUUUACCAAUCUGAUUGGGGGAGAAAAAACAAUUCACUCUUUCAGUUGGUAUUGAAGCAGCAUAGCCUAGUGGCUAAAAAUGCAGGUCCUGAGCUGCCAGGCAGGGCUGAAUUCUGACUCCAUUUUUUUGUUUUGUUAACUUAGGGAAGAUACUUCUCAGUGCCUGAGUUUCCUCAUCUGUAAAAUGAGGAUGAUAAUAUCUUUCUCUUAGAGUUACUAGGAUUAAAUGUUUGGCACAUUUACAUGCUCAUAAAUAUAUAGGUUAUUAUAUUAAUCCCCUGUCUGCUAAUGACAUCUCAUUUCUGAUCUGUUACCUUUUCACUUCAGUGCCAGUUGUGUCCUGCUGUCCUUGCUUUCUCUACUUUGAGUCUCCUAGCAGGCUUGUGAGGUCGUCCCAAAAGAUGGUGGAUACAGGAUAAAAGGAGCAGAAACAAAUGGCUCACAGGCCUUGCAGGUGGUCUAUGGGCUGAUGCAGUGGAAAAACAUAUUUUGAUAUUUGCCAUUUCUUUAUUAGUCAUUUUUGUAAUA